AUGGAUGUAGAUGAACGGAUGUCAAGUCAUGUCUCAUCACAUGAAUCAUAUCAAAGCUCAUUAAGUCGUCGAGUUGCCAUAAGCCCUGAUGGUCUAGAAAUUGCCACUUUUGAUCCUAAUACUUCACAAAUACUUAUUUAUGAUAUUAAAGAUUUGAAAAAUCACAAGACUUCUUUUAAUUUCGGAGAAGUUAAUAAUAAGCAUAAGAUGAAUUUGUCACUUGCUAUUUCAGAUCCUAUUGAUAACGGCACUAGCAGUGAUAGAUUAAUUGCGCUAUCAAAAUUUUAUUCUGAUGAAGGCAUGAAUAAAAACAAGAAUGAUAAGUCAGAAAACUGGAAUGAUAUUGAAAAGGGUGAGAAAAGUGAUUUUAAAGGCAAAACCUGGAUUAUUUCGCUUAGAUCCCAGGCAGAAAAUAAGCAUUACAUUUCCAUUGAAAUUGGUGGAGUUGUUAGAUUUCUUGAUAACGAAAGUUACACUCUUUAUGAAAAUAGUUCAGCAAAUUUCAAUAACGCAACAAUUGUGAUAACAAAUGCAUCAGGUAUAUUUAAAAGAACAUUAGGUCAUUCAGACAUAGAAAAAGAUCAAAAAGACUCGUGUUGGUGUAGUUUAACUCAUAGUUGUGCUUCCAUAGAAGGAUUCAACUUUCCCGAACAUUUUUCAAGUCAUUUGAAUAAGGUUGAUUUGCUACACACUAGCAUAGUCAAAAAUCAUUUCUUUGUUCACUCCUACAAAAAUAAACACCGAAUAGUUGAAAUGUAUUCUCUCAGAACAGGCAAUAUGGAAAUGAUAUUCAAAAAACGUGAACCAUCAUAUUCUCAAAUCACAAAAGGUCGAAUUAUUUAUGAGAUUUCACAAAAUGAAGCAUUAUUUGCUUUUUGUCAUGGCACAAAUGCAAUUACAAUUUAUUUGAUGGAAAACGGGUUAGAAAUUAUCACAAAGAAGUUACGUGUACUAGAUAAUUCUAUUUGGCAAAAAAUUUUAUCAAUUCAUUUCAUCGAUAAUGACAGUAAGCUAUUCAUCAUCUAUGAAGAAGAAUUAUAUGAUUGUGAUAAUAAUGAAACAAAAAUGGUCAAAUCAUUUAUCAUUUGGGAUUUGUUCUCUACUUCAGACGAUGCUAUUAAAAGAGUCAAAUUUACCAAUGAUCUAAAAGUACAAUUAGAUAUCAAUCCAAUUUACCGUUUGUUGAACUCUAAUGGUAAAAUCUUGGGGAUCAAAAAUGAUAAAGAUUUCUUUUGGGUAUUACAACAUCCUGAGAUUAGAAAUAAUUUAUAUCCGACUUCUAAUGAUCUAAAAACAGUUAACCUCACAAAACGUGGUGAAGGUCAUAUUGUAUACGAUGUAAAUGGUAAAAUGAUUACUGAUAGCCACAAGAUCAUAUCGAUAAUAGAAAAUACCGAACCAUGGAAUCCUCGAACGCCACAAGAAUCAAUAUAUCUAGAUAAAACAGGAAAUUUACAGCUUAUAAUCGGUAGUAAUACUCUCCAAGUAUGGCGUCUUAAACAUACUUCAACAAAUAAGCGGCAUUCUUUCCUCGAGAUUCAUUGGCCAAAUAAUGUGAACGUAUUGGAAAGUGCUUGUAGAUUUCUAAACUUUGUAACCAGUAAAAAACAUGAGGCCAAUGAUAACGAUAACUUAAAUAGAUUAAUCGAAUCAACUCAAAGACUAAUCUACAAAUUCAUAAAGCAGCAUGGAACAUGGAGACUUACCGAUAUUCGUUAUAACAUAAUGGAGAAUCUUAUAAAAGCUGAACAAUACACAUUGAUUAAAUUAGUUCUAAACGAAAGUAUUAACGGAAAGAAUUGUAAAUUACACUUGCCAAGACGAUACAAAUGGAAUAAGAAAAAGACGACAGAUUUGGAGUCUCUCAUGCCUAGGAACAAAAGUUGUGAAAAUGAGACUUUUGAGACAAAGACGACGGAUUUAGAGUCUCUCAUGACUAUGAACAAAAGUUGUGCAAUUGCGACUAUUGAUCAUUUAUUAGAGUAUUAUUUGGAUAACGCCUAUUAUGAUAUGAAUUCUGGAUGGUUAUUUACUGUUACCGACGCUAUUCAUUUAUUGUAUGACAAUAAAAUAAAUGUUCAAAAACUAUUCAAGAAACCAUGUUUUGGUGCACUAGAAGCUGACACAAGCCCAUUAAACUUGAGUCGUUGUCAACGAAAAACAGUAAAUGAAGUCCAUAUAUUAGAGGUUAAACCACAGCUCGCUCGAAAACCAAAAAAUUCUCUUUGGACUUGUUUUAAAGAAAAAGCCUUUCUAAAAUGGGAUACUAUAGUAAAGAAAAAUUCUAUUGUUGCUAAAAUAUUUUCGAAUUCUAAGACACCUAACAACUCCACAAAACAAUAUAUUAAUGAUGAAAAAGUGUAUAUGGUUCCUCUACCAAACUUUACAAUCUAUUCGCAAAGUGAUAGUUCACAAGGAUUUAUCGCAACCUUACGGAAAUUUAUAAAGAUCAUGAUUUAUCCAAGAAGCCGUGUAAUCUCUAAGAAAAACUAUUCUCCUUUCUUACAUGUAAUUGAUAAUGAAAAUGACACAAAGAUGUAUAAUUGUCCGUCAAUAAUCGCGGCAACUGAGUUCAAAUGA